GUUAGAUGAUAUAUAUGUUUAGAUGGCUACAAAAUACAAUGACUUAACAUCAGAAAAUCGCAUGAAUCCUAUUAUACGUGUUAUUUUACAAGGUGUAUAUGAUGUUGAUAGUCCUUUGUCAUUGCUACGUGGCAUGCCACAUAUUCUUGUUUUUAUAUGGAAUAGUAUUAAAGCUUUUUGGAGAAAACAUAUACAAGUUGGAAUAAAUAAGAAUUCCUUUAUUUAUGAAUAUCCUUAUAAGAUUAAAUUUAAUUCAAUAGCAUAUUCACUUAUACAAGAUUCUUUGAAUUUUCCUUCACCAGGUAACUUAAAUAUUAAUAUGAUGCCAUUUGUCAUGAGUUCCAGUUUCAAUAAAUGUAAAUUACCUAAAAAUACAAAGCCUUAUUGGGACAUUAUAAAAUUAUGUAUUGAUGAGCAAUUUAAUAAUUCUAAAGAUGAAAUAGGAAAAAUAUGGUUUUUGACAAUUCAAGAGAGUCUUGUUGAUCAAGGUACUUCCCAACGGAGACAAGGACUUCACACUGAAAGCCCUGGAGUUGCUUAUAUUAAAAAUGAUAGUCUAUCUAGUAGUAAAGACAUUUUGGAAAAUAAAAAAACAAUUUCUAAAGAAGUUCAAAAUGGAGGAGGUUGUUCUCAAAUCUCUUCUUUCUAUGCCCAUUGGGGUUUUGGAAUGAGUGUUAUGGAUGUUUAUUCAGGUGGUAUAUAUAUGGCUUCAAACAUUGCUGAUUCUUGCAAAGUUUGGAAUUGUCAAAUACUUCCAGGUGAAGAUGGAAAAUGUGUAAUAGGUGAAUUAGGAGAUAUAGAACAUUUAAGAGAGUUUUUGCCUGAAGCUGAAAUCAUGAAAAAAAAUGCAUUGUAUUGGUUAACUGAUCGCACUCCUCAUGAAUCGUUGCCAUUGUCUAAUAAAACUUAUAGGCAAUACAUUCGUAUAGUCACAAGUAAGGUGUCCAUAUGGUAUGAAGACCAUUCUACAAAAAAUCCAUUUGGGAUUGUUCCAGACAGUCAAAUCACUAAAAUUGUGCGAGGUUCAAAGUUUGACCAAAAACCUUUAUGUUUAGUUACAUAAUUUCUGUUACUAAGCUAUUUUAAAGAGUUUUUUAAUAAGCCAUUUUUUAAA